AUGAAGUACAUCUCCAUCGUUGCCAUCACCGCAGUGCUCGCAGGUCUCACCUCGGCACAGAAUGGACUCCCAACUUGUGCAAAUCUGUGUCGGACUGCUGGCGUAACCAAUCUGCCAUCUGCAGUCUCGUGCGCCUCAACUGCUAGCUCAACCGCUUCGGGCGCAUCCAGUAGUGCCACUGGAGCAUCCUCCUCGACCACUUCAGGCUCAGCGGGCGCAACAACUACAUCUGGUACGAGCACAGCUUCGGGCGCUGGCGUAAGUGGAUCAUCAACUGGAACAUCGCCUUCCGCGUCAGCUUCUGCCGUAGAUAAUGCAGGGCUUCAGAAGGAAAUCGGUGGAGCUGCCUUGUUUGGUGGAUUAGCAGCAGCCAUGAUCGGGCUGUUGUGA